CGAUCGCUUUUGGGAGGAAAGAGAUCGAUUUUUUAUAGCCGAAGUAUUGUAGCUCUAAUAACUACCAAGAGUUCAGUUUUGAGUUCUGUCCCAAUGCCUAGCUAGGGUAUUGGAGAAAAAACGGUUAUUUGUUUGGUUAUUCAAAAAUGGGUGAGAAAGCAACCGUGGUGAACAGACUGUUCAGUAUUUUAAAAUAAAAGCAAAAAGAGUACCUUUAAUGCGAACAAAAAGGAAAGGACCGAGGUGUAUAGUCUGUUCAAAUGUUUGUUUUUCUAUUCUUGCUAGAACAAACAACAUAAUGUUACCUUUGGAGAGUAAAGCCCCACUCCCACUCGUUAAUACUGUAGAACCUUUGGUGGAAGAAGACUAUAAAGUUAACAGUAUGGCAACAGAUCUAAUAUAAGGAGGAUAGAAACCAAAAACUCACCUCCGCAAUUUUUUAUCUUGAUUUACUUACUGAAGGAAUCAACAUAGCAUAUUUUAUUUUUACUUAUUCAUUCAUUCAUAGCCAUCUUUUACCACUUUUAUAAACAACUCAAGGUGGUGAAUAUGCCUAAUACAUCUUCCUAUUUCUUUACCACAACAAUCACUUUGUGAAGUGGUUGGGCUGAGAAUGAUUGGCCCAAAGUGACUCAGCUGGCUUUCAUGUCUAAAGUGGGACUAGAACUCACUGUUUCUUGGUUUCUAGUCAAAUGGAGCUUGUGGGCACACACUUGCCCAUUGCUUGUGCAAGUGGGGAUGUUCAUGAGUGCACUCGCAGGCCAUUUCCAGGGUCCAGUUGCAAUCCCCUUAUGGCCCACAGGUUGAGGAUCCCUGCCUUAACAGCUGUGACUGAAGCAGUGCAUGUUAUGGUGCCUGACAAGAAACAGGUAGCAAUGCUCUUUCAACCAAUUGUGCUUCGAUGCCGCUUUUCAACUUCUUCCACACAACCAGCCGUGGUGCAAUGGAAAUUUAAAUCUUACUGCCAAGAUCGCAUGGGAGAAGCUCUGGGAGUUGUCUCUGCAGGGAUCCAGGCAAUAAACAAGAGGAACUUGGAGUGGGAUCCGUACUUGGACUGUGUGGAUAGCAGGAGAACAGUCCGCAUUGUGGCAUCCAAACAGGGCUCGGUGGUCACGACUGGAGAGUUCUACAAAGGAAGAGAAAUCUCCAUUCUCCAUGAUGCAGACCUCCAUAUUGGAAAAUUGAUGUGGGGAGACAGUGGAUUGUAUUACUGUCUCGUCAUCACACCUGAUGAUGUAGAAGGCAAGAAUGAGGAAUCAGUGGAGCUACUUGUUUUGGGCAGGACAGGGAUGCUUGCUGGUCUCUUGCCCAGUUUUGCUGUGGAUAUUAUGUCAGAAUGGAUGUUUGUGGGCUUGGUGAUCCUGGGGGCUUUCCUUUUCUUUCUCCUAGUUGGGAUUUGCUGGUGCCAAUGCUGUCCUCAUAACUGCUGCUGUUACAUUCGUUGCCCUUGCUGCCCAGAUACUUGCUGCUGUCCACGAGCAUUGUAUGAAGCAGGAAAAGCUGCAAAGGCUGGAUAUCCUCCAGCAGUCACAUCAAUCCCAGGUCCAUACUGUAUCCCUACAGUUUUGGGUAGUGGAGUCCCAUCUCAUGCUGUCCUUGUGGAGAAGUCACAUUUACCUCCCUUGGCACCUAGUGAAUCUGGUGCAGGAGCACAAAGUGUGCACAAGGGUUACCGAAUACAAACUGACAAAGACAGAGAUUCCAUGAAGGUGCUGUACUACGUUGAGAAAGAAUUGGCUCAGUUUGACCCAGCCAGAAGGAUGCGAGAGAGAUACAGUAACACCAUCUCAGAGCUCAGUUCUUUACAUGAUGGGGGUGCCAACUUCCGCCAGUCUUACCGUCAGGUGUGCAGGAAACCACUUCCUCCUUCAGGAGACAAGAGUAGUGAUGCUGAGUACUGGACAGGGGUUGUUAGUGGAAGUGGUAUAUCCAGGCCACAAACACGUUCUGAUUACAGGGAAGACAGAGGAAGCUUCAGAAUGAGCCAGCAGAGAUCAAAGUCAGAAAUGCUUUCAAGAAAGAAUUUUUCUUUCGGAGUGCCAGCUGUCUCCAUGGAUGAAUUAGCAGCUUUUGCUGAAUCUUACAGUCAACAGGUCCAUCGGACUGAGGCGAGUCAGGAGCCACGGCACUUCGAGAGGACAGGAUCAAGGAGGGGACCAAUACAACAUCUGGAGAAUUCGGAUGAUUUCUAUAGCAAACGCAGGGGAGGAAAUCCUGAACCAGUAACAGAUCCAGACCGGGAAUGGAGAUACAGCCCACCCAGGAGACGUAUGCAUGAAGAGAAACAUUUGCCUAGGCUAAUGUGUCGGACACCUGGAGGAAGUCAGAAGUAUGAUCACUCCUACCUCACUAGUGCCCUUGAAAGGAAAUCUCGAAGCUAUGAUGAGAAUGGUGAGCAUAGUGAGACGCCUUCAAAGCUCAGCUCACAAUCCAGCCAAAGGGGAGGAUCUUACUAUGCUUGGUCACCACCAUCAACUUACAAAGCAGAACAGAAGCAGCAACAACCUCCACAGCAAGAGGAAGGAGAAGAUACUCUGCCACCUUACAGCGAGAGGGAAUUGAGCCGGGGUUUUUCAUACAAAAACAGAGAACAAACUAACUUCAAUUCAUCAGAGAAGAAGAGGAAAAAGGAGCCCCCCAAAACAAAUGAAUUCCCAACAAGGAUGUCCCUUGUGGUUUGAUGUUAUUAUAGAAGAGUUGUCUUAAUGGACUGGAAAAACAGAAGCAAAGUCAUGAAGUCUUAAAGAAAUAAAUGCUUUCAUAGGGUACAUUCAGAGAUUUAUAUCUUUCAUCUUGUGAACUGAGAUCUUAUAUCGUAGCCAGUGUUAGCCAGCUGCUCUCAUGCAGUUGAUGGACUAAGGCUAAGCCUUUGGAAAGGAACAGCUCACUUCACCAGGAAAUGAAACACAAAAGUUUGGCAAGUUUAUCCUCAGAUGUCUUUCUGCAAAGGUGCUGCCUUUAUAUUCUCUCUUAAGCCCUCUCUGGAACACUUGCAGUUUUAGAGAAGCUACUUCAGUGUAUAGUAGAAUUUUUGUAUUCUGAUAUGGCAGACUUCCCACGUGUAUUGGAUCUUAUGUUUCACAGGAAACAUUGCCACCAGUUCAGGGAGUUUGCCCCAUUUCUCUGCUGUCUCACAUGCAGACAGAAAUAGAGACUUCAUAUAAAUACUUAGUGAUUGUUGUAAUUUAAGAAAUACUUUUUAAGAACAUCUGGAAAAGGAAAUCUUCAUCCUUUUGGAAAUGUCCUGAAACAGAGAUGUGGAGGGUUGGACUAUGAAGGACGAAACAGCAAUGUAUGACAUCUGAAGUUUGUUUGUUAUUGUUUUUUAAUGUCCUGUUCAUUCAGUAAUGGGAGAUGCCAGUGAGAUUAAUGUUUUAUUUUGAAAGUGAAACUCAAUAUAUUUUGCUGUAAUGAAAAUGUUCCAUGUUAUUUCGCUAUUGUCUGAUAUGAUGUAUCAGCAUUGCCUUACAGGUAAAGUUUAGCCAUAAAAGGCUUCAGCUGGGGUUGCUGAAUGGUCUUAUCAUAAGAGAAGCUGAAGCUCAGGUUCUGCUGACAAUACUCUUUGGACAAUUAUCAUUGUUUUAGAAAACCAGUUGAGAGGAGACACUUUAACUAGAAAGAGAACAAUGGGAUGCAAAGAAAUCACACACACACACACACACACACACACAUAUACAGGAGUGCAUACAUACAGAGAGAAAGUGAAAACAAAGAAUAUAUCUAUGUAAAUCUCUUUCUCUCCAUUUUUUUAUACUUAUACACAGAUCAGUAUUACUUUGUGAUUGUUAUUACUGUUGAUACUACUCUUAAAAGCAAUAGAAAAAAAAAUCCUAAAAAUAAAAAGGUUGGAUAAA